AUGAGAUACAAGGAGUCGCCUGAACAGCUCAACUUGCUGCGAAGCACCAGCCUGCUCAAAAACCGAGCUCACAAGCUGAGAAAGCGCGGCGAUUUCUCCAUCACGACCUACUCAAAUGUGGUGGAGUGGGCAUCGCCGAGGAUGUGCACAACGAAGGAGCAAUUCUUCCAGCAUAUGACCCUUCGGCUACCGCACGAAUUGCUGGUCUUGGACUGCUUUCCUGAUCACCUGGACGAUGGCGGACUCUCGCUCGGCAUUAUAAUUACUUCCCGGCGGUUGUUUCGGACUCUGCCACGAGUGAUUCUCGGUCAGCGGUCGCAAGUACUGGGUGCAACCGACGGAACGUACAAGCUCCACUUUGGUGGAUGGACGCUUGUUUCGUUUGGUACUUUCGGUGUUCGAUACACGGCGUCACACUAG